AUGGAAAACGGAUCGUCGUCGGCGGUGGUGGUGGUUCUUCCACCCACACAGCUCAAUGACGAGGAGGAAGAGAUUAAGAUUUUCUAUGACAAACGUUCCUUUGAAUCAUUGGAACAGAGUGCCGCUACUCUCUUGCUCAUUUUAUCAAUAUUUUGGGGUAUAUUGAUAGCCCGUGUGUUAACCCAUAAUUUGUUAUGGCUAAAAUUUAGCAUAGAAUAUGCUUUAAUCAUCGUACCUGGUGUCCUCUUGGUGACAGUGGCUAGUGAUUAUAGCCCACAUUUCGUGGCUGUAAUGAUUGUGUUGUCGGCGUGCUUCAUUUUUGCUAGCAAAGCAUUGAAUCGGGCACAAAAUCGUAUGCAUUUCGAUUUGGGCGGAAAUCGUCCGACAAUGUUUACCUUGGUUAGAGCUUUGACUCACCUGAUUACGGCUAUCUGUAUUUUGGCAAUUGAUUUUAAUAGUUUCUAUCGACCGUAUCGGAAGACUAGAAGAUUUGGUGCCCAGCUAAUGGAUACAGGAAUCGGACUAUUCGUUAUAACAAUGGGCCUAGUGUCGCGGCGUUCGACUAAUAAUGCCGAACUGCAACGUCAACUGUUCUACUCAAUGCCUCUUCUGCUCCUGGGACUGGCACGCACAGUGUCAAUUGUGAUGAUCGGUUACAGUCAGGACGAGCAUGAGUAUGGUCAACAUUUGAAUGCCUUUUUCACCUUGGGAUUGGCCAAACUAAUUGGAUCUCUGCUGAGCCGUCUGGCCCGCAAAGAUAUCCAACUACUGCCAAUGGCUAUAAGUCUUCUUGUGGUCCAUCAGUUGGGCCUAAGUUUAGGUCUAUCCGACUAUGUAAUGAACGAUGAACUGCCUCGUUCCACUUUUUUGGCCGCCAAUCGCGAGGGCCUGAUCUCAUUGCCUGGCUUUGUGGCCAUUUACCUGUUAUCUAUAUACUUCAGCCGUUGGUUGUUGGUGUCCAGCAGUUCAACGUUGCUGACAUACACCCAAAUAGUUAACAAAUUGAAGCGAUUACUUUAUCUCGUCAUAAUCAAUUGGAUUAUGGUUAUAUGUAGUGCCUACGCAUUUGGCAUUUCACGGGUUACAUGCAAUCUUGGCUAUGUCAUAUGGAUUUUUGCCAUCAUGUCCACCAUGUUGUGGUUGAGUCUAUUUGCCGUGGAUUUCAUAAUCAACAGUGUUCUGCCCUUGGACCCCAUGCGCCUAACUGACGCAAAUGAUGCAGAAGAGCAGGGAACAUUGCUAUCAAAUGCAAAAACGAAAGCACCUGGAAAUGAGCCAUUUAUCAUAUGCCAAUCGUUAAAUAUGAAUGGUUUGAUAUAUUUUAUUCUUGCUAAUGUUCUAACUGGUGGAGUUAAUAUUUUCUUUGAGCCGGAGGAACGUUCGGAUGAGGCGUCUGUCCUAAUAUUAUUGAUCUAUAUGUUGCUGGCCACUAAAUUUGUUCACAAUCUCUAUAUUAGAGGUAUCCGUUUGGCUUAGCAGACAACAAAGAGUUGGAACAAGUUUGUACAUAUUGUUUACGGACCUAGUCAAUGUUUAUAGAU